UGAUUUUCCAACGUCGCGCGCUGUUGACGGGGGUAGCAUGGUAUUCGCCCCUGAUUUUUGGGAAAUCGGACGGCGAGCAGAAUCACGACGCACGCACUUCACCUUCUCAAUUUAUAUCAUCUUUCAUUUUCGCGAGAAAUUGCUACUGAUAGGCGACUACAUGCCCAGCAAAAACUCGCGACCCAACUCACAAUGGCUUUCUUCUUCCAACAAACUACCGAGCGCUCGCUCUUUUCUGCGCUUUCACGUGAAAACAGUGCACACUCGAAGAUCUUCGGCAGCGAAUCUAGUGGAUGUGAUGCAAGGUGAAGACUUUUCGCGUUCACAAAAUGAUUUAUUCCAUCCGAAAAACAGAGAAAAUCAAGAGAUUUCCCGAAUGCGCGUUGUUAUGACGUCCACUCUCGCGCUUGAUUGAAUCUAAUUCACUUUUCUAAUUGGAAGCGAUCCCGAUAUGACUGCUGUCAAAGUACUUUCACAUCUGUGUAUUGAAGGAAUGUUGUGGGAAAGGAACGUAAUUUAUUGAGUUUGGGAAACACUGAUAUUGAGGAAUUAAAGGGGGAGAGAAGUUGGCUUGUUGACAUUGUUUUAAAAUAAUUAAAAUAUUGAUAAGGGUAAUAUCGUAUUGGUUUAAAAAAAAGAGAUACUAAUAGAAUAUGCAUAAAAAUAAAAAUAUAAAAAUAUA